GACUCCGAUUCCAAUGACGAAGAUGCUCCUAGUAUUGUCAUUCCGCCGCUGGUUACCAGACAUCCGUGGCCAGAGCAUCCCCCGACAGUGGACAAUGUCGCCGCUAUGAUCACAGAGUAAAUGCCGACAUUGGCGUCUCGGGGAUGUUUGUUGUUUCGCCCUGCUAAGACAGGCCGAUUCUAAUGUAUCGGGGAGGUGCACUUAGAAGACGCGCUUCUACUCGAUUCUGUCUAUGUUGAUUGUGAUAUCCAUAAACGGACAGGUCUUGAUGCCGGGAACAUAUCAUGAUUUGUCCCAUGGACCCUACGAUAUUCUAUGAUUUGAUAAGAGCGAAGCAAGCAAGGCUGUUGACACGGGGCAAGAAUAGGCGCCGUCAUCUGCGCACGAGGUAGCUCAUCGAUAAGCCUUUCUCACUUGAACAUGCAGGACGAGAAUGCCCAAGAGUUUUCUCGACCCACUUCGCCAGGGAGCGAUAUCGCAUUUGACAUAGAGGAGAAGCCAAAGGAGGUGUUGAGGUUCAGAAACAAGGACUUUUACUGGGAGAAUAGUACAUUCUUAGUCGAAGAUGAACUAUUCCGUGCGCCAAGAUACCAGUUUAUCAAGCAUUCAGAGACAUUCGGAGCCAUGUUCACCUUGCCCCAGGCGGACGCUGACGCCGUCGAAGGCAAUACCGAUGACAAACCUAUUCACUUACAAGGCGUCAGCAAAACUGACUUCGAACGACUGUUAAAUUUCAUGUACCCUCUGGACGUUCUACAUGCCUCGAAACAAAAAAGGUCGUUAGAAGAAUGGAUCUCAAUCUUGAAGCUCUCCACGAUGUGGGUGAUGUCAGAGAUACGCACCAGCGCUAUCUCUCAUAUCAUGGAACGUCGUGAAGAGGUCGAGGCAGUGGAAAGGAUCACCUUGGGAAGAACUCACGACAUCCCAGCAUUAGUGAGGUCCGGAAUCGUCACUCUGGUUAACCAAGAUGGAGGGGUUUCUGAGCGGCAAGCAAUGCUUAUUGGCUGGGAAACGGCGCUGCGCAUCCAGUGGGUGCGGGACAAGUUGAUGGCGUCGCGAGGUUAUUCGUGCACUUUUGACGAAAACCAAGUCCGUACUGCAGCGGCGAGCGUGUUCCGCCAUGAGGAGUCGACUUGGUCGUUCGAGUCGGAGAUUUUUGAGCCACGUGCUCGCAAACUCAAUUUCAGGGGAGGCACAGGAAGGCGAGGUGGUAGAAAGUCUUGAAGGUAGCUGUAUAUAACGUAGUCCCAAACAAGACUUCACCAUGAUUUCCAUGAUUUCACAAGUAGGUAUUGCGAGAAAGGCAACCAACGUGCAGCAGGAGAUCGGAGG